CACCUGACUGAAGCCAUGGCGUCCUCAGCGAGCUUAGACGGUGGGGCGCAGCUGAUUGUGGAGGAAUGCACCGCUAGCUACAGCCUCCCUCCCUUGCCGGACAUCAAGGUGGAGCAUCAGCUGGACUCCAGCACGGAGGAAGGCCAACCGCAGAGCGUCACCAUGGGCAUGAAGUUCAUUCUGCCCAAUAGGUUUGAUAUGAACGUCUGCUCGCGGUUCGUGAAGUCGUUGAAUGAGGAGGACAGUAAAAAUAUUCAAGAUCAAGUUAACUCCGACCUCGAAGUGGCAUCUGUCUUAUUUAAAGCUGAAUGCAACAUCCAUACUUCUCCUUCCCCUGGUAUCCAAGUAAGGCACGUUUAUACUCCAUCAACUACUAAGCAUUUCUCUCCGAUAAAGCAAUCAACUACCCUAACUAACAAACAUAGGGGAAAUGAAGUCUCUACAACACCUCUGCUUGUAAAUUCUUUAUCAGUUCACCAGCUGGCUGCUCAGGGAGAAAUGUUGUAUCUGGCCACGCGCAUUGAACAAGAAAAUGUAAUCAAUCAUAAGGAUGAAGAAGGAUUUACCCCUCUGAUGUGGGCUGCAGCUCAUGGGCAGAUAGCAGUAGUGGAAUUUCUCCUCCAGAAUGGUGCAGAUCCUCAGAUUUUGGGGAAAGGGCGAGAAAGUGCCCUCUCACUGGCUUGUAGUAAAGGUUACACAGAUAUUGUGAAAAUGCUGCUUGACUGUGGAGUUGAUGUCAAUGAAUAUGACUGGAAUGGAGGAACACCUCUGCUCUAUGCAGUGCAUGGGAAUCAUGUGAAAUGUGUAAAAAUUCUUCUUGAAAGUGGUGCUGAUCCAACUAUUGAAACAGAUGCUGGUUAUAAUUCCAUGGAUUUGGCAGUAGCCUUGGGCUAUCGCAGUGUUCAACAGGUUAUUGAGUCACAUUUAUUAAGGCUACUUCAGAGUAUCAAGGAAUAAGAGCUGAAUCUUCUGUGGCUGUCAGUUCUUGUCUUGGAGAUUUGGAUAUCUUCUUAGCCCUGUCAUCAGUGACAAGGGUUGUUUGUUUUGUAAAUUUACCUCAGUAAAACUAUGUGCUGUUUUUAGUUAAGCUUUUAAAUAUGCUUCCUCUUUCAUAGAAAUGUUUGGUGUCAUCCUUUUUCUUGAAUAUAUUUUAUAUAACUUUGAAAUAAAAGGUUGUUUGUCUUGCAUGAAAAAAUUAAUAAAACCAAGUUUGACCAUGUAAAUGUUGAUACUGAGUACAUUGGGUGGUGCUGUGCCAAGAGUACUACCUGAUCUUGUCAUUGAUAUGUGUUCACAAGAAGACAAUAAUUUAGAUACUGCAAUAUAUCACCAUAGAAUAUAAAUGUCUUUACUGUUAGUGGUACCCACUUGUGAUGGUUUUCAAGAUCUUCAAUUAGUAUUAUUGUGUCAGCUUUUCUUUGUAUGAUUUUUAAGAAGUUAGUAAUAAACUGAAGGACUUUGAUGGUA